GGUUCCCAAUGACUAUACUUAUUAUCUAAGUUCGUUUUUGAUCUUCUACAUUUCAAAGUGAAGCAAGUAGUAAUGUAGGAGUUAACAAGAUGUUGAGAAACUGGAGCUCCUGCACAAUCCUUCAGCUGAAUGUCUCCAAUCCCGGAAGGGAUUUCGUAAGCCUGAAUACAGGGAGGGAAUGCUCAGCACUGGGUUAACCUAUACAAAGACCCAGGUGAGAUGGAGAAGGCUAUAAUUUUGGUGUUGUUGAUAUCGGUGACUUCCACUGUUUGUUGGAGUGUGGAAAAGUGUCCAGAACCAUGUGACUGUCAACAUCCACAGCACAUACUGUGCUCUAACAGGGGUCUGAUGUCUGUUCCAAAAACUAGUCACUUUGUAAGCCCAGUUGCAACUAAAACCUUCAGCUUGGGAGGAAACUUUAUCUCCAACAUAAGUGCUGUAGACUUUUCAAGUUAUUAUAAUCUACAGAGGCUUGACCUGCAAUACAAUCAGAUCCAGUUCAUUCAUCCCAAAGCAUUUGAGAAGCUCACUCACCUAGAAGAACUAUACCUUGGCAACAACUGGCUUCCCACUCUUUCUACCAAUGCUUUGUCGCCACUUAAGAAACUAAAGGUCCUUAAUGUGAACAGCAAUCGGCUUCACAAUGUCAGUCGCUCCAGCCUAGCUAACUUGGGGUCACUUGUUAAGUUGAGACUGGACAGUAAUAAUAUCCAGACACUGCAUGGUUCUCCUUUCUUGGGUCUCACUAAUCUGCUUUAUUUGCAUCUAGAAAACAACAAAAUUAACAAUAUUAGUAAAAAUGCCUUUGUAGGACUUGUGAAAUUGCGUUUAUUGAGCCUGUCAGGAAACCCCUUGAAUUCCUUGCAAUAUCCCAUAUUUUUACCAUUGCGCUCUCUGAGCACACUAACCAUGGCUGGAAAUAAUCUACAACAACUGGGACCAGGUGUUUUCAAUGGAUUACAAAAGCUUUCCAAGCUCAUUCUCAGCUCAAACAGGAUUUCUACAAUACACAGCAAGGCUCUUCAGGGGCUUGGGAUGCUGCAUGAUUUGCAACUGGAUGGCAACUCGCUGACCAGGCUCCCAGAAGGCCUCCUGGCAUCACUGCAGAGUUUAGAAGUGCUGAACGUGAGCCACAAUGCCCUGUCAGAAUUGCAACCUGGAACUUUUAAUGGACUUAAACGGCUAAGAGUGCUAGAUUUACAGGACAAUAUGUUGAAAUUUCUGCCUGGAGAUAUUUUUUCUGGAAAUCCAGCUCUUUACCGGUUACAGCUGGAAGGAAAUAAGUGGACCUGUGACUGCCACCUAUUGGGGCUUAAGCACUGGAUUCUGGGAACCCUGCAUUCACGGAGCCGGAUUCUGACUGUAUUUGUGCAGUGCAGGCAGCCUCGGGAAGUUGCAGGGAAAUAUUUGGACUACCUAGAUGAUGCCUAUUUACAGGCAGUUGGAGGAUGCACAUUCAGCACCACACCUCCACAACUGACUACCCCCCUGCUAGAUGAUGGUUUACGUUUGCACCAGGGGAUGAGUGAUACAAGUGCUGAACCUGUAGACCAGACAAUGAAAAUGGUUUCCAAGCUUAAUUUAUUAGCUCCAGUAUCAACUCUGUCAUCAGGAGGCUCCACUUUUCUCCAAACCCUAACAUCAGUGCAAAAGGUGCCAAGCACAAAGAGACCUCUGAACAUGAAAAGAGAAGGUGGUACUGGACGACAAAAGGUAUCACAAACUGAUAAAAAGGGAAAUAUAAAGACUACAGCUGGAUCCAGACAGCCUCAUGGAACUAAACAGAACUUGAUGUACCACAGCCAACAGCAUCCAGAGGCUGAAAGGCCAAAUCCUGAAACAUUCCAGACUGCAACUGAGUCACUACCACAGGUACAUCUCCGGCAAGCUGAGGCUGAAAUAACAACAUCCAACAAGUUGCCUCAUAGUAUCCCUACAGCUGAAGGUUUCCAUGAAGAGCUCCAUGAUACCAAACAGCCUCCACCUAAAGCUGAGAACUCAGAGGUCAAUGGUACCUUGCAGUUACUCAGUGAGAAUGUGGGCCCUGAACUGAAACUAGACAUCCCUGUGCCAGAGACCUUACAGCAAGGUCAGCCAUCAUUUGACACUGUUCAUCAGGGCCACAGCGAAACAUUGCACCAAGUUGCUCCUUUAGGCCUCUCUGACCCAUGUGAAUUUAACAAGCUGUAUCUACUGAACCUCUCGGUGGAAACUGUAGAAAGUAACUCAGCUCGUGUACGUUGGCAGACUUCAAUCUCUCAUACCCACGGGCAUGUCUUAUUCAGGGUGCUGUAUGAGCGUUUUGGGCAGAGUGGCCGCUUUCAGCGUUUUGUAUAUCCUCGGGGCCAUGCAGAAUCUUUAACUUUACUGGAGCUCACCGAAGAUACUCCAUAUCUUGUGUGUGUUGAGAGUCUAAUUAAUGGCCGAGCUUGUCCUGUGGCCCCUAGGGAACAUUGUGUAGGACUUGUGACAUCACCUUCAGAAGAUCAUCGCCCUUUGCUAAAUUAUCAAAUGUUAGCCUUGGGGCUGCUAGCUCUCAACGCUUUGCUUCUUUUGCUAGGGUUGAUUAUUUGGGGUUCGAAGAGAGCACGCAAGAAAUGGUGUCGUAGAAGAGCCCCUGUCCACGUACGUCAAAUGUACUCUACUCGUCGGCCCUACAGGUCUGUGGGUACUGGAGUUUCCACUGAUUUCUCAGGUUUCCAGUCACAUCGACCUCGCACUGCUGUGUGUGCUUUAGGAGAAUCUGACCUUAUUGAGUUUCCAGGCUGUGACCGUUUCAGAGAGGGAGGAAAUCUACACAGAGAUGACCUCCUGCAGAGAUUCACAGACUAAGCAGCCAUUACUUAAAUAUGGUUUCUAAUGCAACAACAAUGGAGUAGUUGUCCCUACUACUUCUGAGUCUGCAACA